AGCAACAUAAUAGAUGGACCUGGAAUUGGGACUCAAAAUCACCAAAACUAGAGAUGACGUUGCUUCCAUCUCUGAAUAUCGAUUAGCAAAAGCAGGACCUGUUUUUCAAUCUAGAGAAACAAACACUGCUUUCAUCCUCACUGCUCAUCUCAAAGGUUUUAAGAAGAAUAACAUUAACAUCAAGAUUAGUGAAGAUGGUAGCAAGAUAUCAGUUAGUGGAGAGAAGCCUGUUCAGAAUAUUUUGAUGAUGGGAUGGUUAAUGCAUAGGAAAGAGGUUGAUGUUGCAGGGUUUAAUAAGGUUUUCAAAAUUCCUGAUGGGGUGAAAUUGGAUGGGAUCAAAGCCAAGUAUGAUGAGGAGGAAUGGAUAAUGAACAUUGUCAUGCCAAAAUUGGUUAAAGGAAUUUGUGGGGUUAAGAUUGAAGAGAUCAAGGAAGAAAAAUCUGAUGGAAGGAGAUCAGAACAAGAGAAAAUUGAAGGUGAUCACAUUCCUAGUGCUGUUGGAGAGACAAGCCAAAAGGGGUCUAAAGAGUCUGAAGUUCAGGAAAUGGAGGAGAGUGAACAUUCUAUGGAGAAGAAGGAAGAAGUGUCUCACAAGAUACUUGAUGAUUCCAACAGGAAAAUAACUAAGGAUACUGUACAUAAAGAAUUAGAAGAAUCUAAAGUUGGAACUGAUGGUGAAAAUGGAGAUAGUUUUAGAGAAGUUGGAAAGGAAGAAUAUGAAGUGAAGAAGACAUCAGAACCAGAGCAAAAAGUUGGAGUAGCCACCUCACAGAAAAUUGGAGAAGCAAGCCAAAAGGAAAUCAAAGAAUUAAAGUUGAAGAAUGAGGAUGGAAGAGUAAAACCAUCAGCAGAGGGGAAAAGUGUAGAUGAAGGUAUGCCUAAAGACAUUGGAGGAGAUACAAGACAAGAUAAAGAGUUGAAGGUUCAAGAAAUGGAGGGCAAUGAAGGUUUUGUAGAGAAGGAGGAGAAAGGACCAAGUGAAAAUAUGCUUGAUGAUGCCAAUGCAAACAUAAUUGGAGAGGUGAUCCAGAAAGAAGAAGAAUCCAAGUCAGAAAUCAAGGAAAGAGAUGGAGAAAGUGUGAAAGAAAAUAAUGUGAGAGCAGGACAUAAAGGAAUAAAGAUAUCAGAAAUUGAGCAGAAUGUAGGUGCAGAUGUCACACAGAAUAUUGCAAAUUCCUAA